AGAUUUCACUUCAGACUUCGAAGGAAAAGUAUCAGGCAAGGGAAGGGAGAGAGGGAGAAGGGAAAGUGAGGAGAGGGGAGAGAGAAAAAGAGAGGAAAGAUGGCUAGUGAAUACAAAAAGAAAAUGUUCUGGAGGGCAGUGGUGGCUGAGUUCCUUGCCAUGACCCUUUUUAUUUUUAUCAGCAUCGGCUCGGCUCUGGGCUUUAGCUUCCCAGUGGUGGGUAACAAAACAUCCACGAGGUCUCAGGACAAUGUGAAGGUCUCGCUGGCUUUUGGGUUAUCCAUCGCUACCAUGGCACAAAGCGUGGGCCACAUCAGUGGUGCACACCUGAACCCAGCUGUGACCCUGGGCCUCCUGCUGAGCUGCCAGAUCAGCAUCUUUAAGGCGAUCAUGUACAUCAUUGCCCAGUGCCUUGGGGCAAUUGUGGCCACAGCUAUUCUGUCGGGAGUCACCUCCUCUCUCCCCAACAACCUCCUGGGGCUCAACUCUCUUUCAGAGGGAAUAAAUGCGGGCCAAGGACUGGGUAUUGAAAUCAUUGCUACCUUCCAGCUGGUAUUGUGUGUCCUCGCCACCACAGACCGGAGAAGGAACGAUGUCUCAGGAUCAGCACCUUUGGCCAUUGGUCUCUCCGUUGCCUUGGGACAUCUUCUUGCUAUUGAUUACACUGGUUGUGGAAUUAACCCAGCCAGAUCUCUUGGCUCAGCAGUGAUUACCCACAACUUUGAAAACCACUGGAUUUUCUGGGUUGGCCCAAUCAUUGGAGGAGCAAGUGCUGCCCUGAUUUAUGACUUCAUCCUGGCUCCCAGAAGCAGCGACCUGUCCGAUCGUAUAAAGGUGUGGACCAGCGGCCAAGUAGAAGAGUACGAUCUGGAAGGAGAGGAUAUGAACUCCCGAGUUGAAAUGAAGCCAAAAUAAAGAAGGACAACGUUAAAAAAAAAAGCACAUUGGUUUCCGAAGAUUUUAUCAGUGUUAUAGACUCUUUGUAAACCAGCAAGCAGUACUUUGUUUUUUAUUUCAAGAUGUUUUUCCAUUUUUU